AUGGCCUUGCACGGUUCUUUUCACCGAGCAUCAGCCCAGCACCGCAAUGUCCUGAGAAAAGGCCUCACGACUGAGGGAAGAUGGUCCCAUUGGUCUUGCAACAAUCGUGCUUUUACGUGCUCGGGCUCGUCUUUUGGCUGGAGGCAGUUGGACGUUGCCGUCGUGGGAGGCGGAAUCGGAGGCAUGUCCGCGGCAACCGCUCUGCGCCGCGCCGGACACAAAGUGUCGAUUUACGAACGGACCAAUUUUAUCGGUCAGGCCGGGGCUUCGAUCUCAUGCGCCGCGAAUGGAACGCGCUGGUUGCACGAAUGGGGUGUAGACGUCGCUCAGGGCGAUGGGGUCAUUCUACGAAAGCUCAUCAGUCGCGAUUGGACGACAGGGAAGAUCCUCACUGAGUACGAGCUGGAAGACUAUGAGAAGCGAUGGGGAUAUGUGUACUACAUGUUCCAACGGCAGUCUAUGCACAAAAUGCUCGAGAAUGCAGCAUUGGGGGAGGGAGCCGGGGUGCCAGUACAGCUCUUCUUGAGUCACAAGUGCAAGAAUAUCGACCUCAAGACUGGUCAGAUUGAGUUUGAGAAUGGAUCUUUGGUCAAUCAUGAUCUCAUUGUCGGCGCGGAUGGCAUUGGAUCUGCCGUUCGUGGUAUUCUCGGUAUCUGGCCGGAGAGGCGACCUGCUGAGUCUAGCUGCCUGCAUGCAAACGUCAUUACUGAAGAUGCCAUCGCCGCUGGUCUGCCGGAUUUCUCGCAAGAUGAUGCCCUGCAGUUCUGGGGCGGCCAUGGCCAGAGCUGGGACAAGAUAGUUCUCUCUCCAUGUCGAGGGGGCAAACUACUUUCCUACUAUUGCUUUUUCCCAAGGGAGAAAGGCGACUAUACGAAUCAUUCCUGGGGUGAACCGGAUCGGACAGUGGAAGAAUUGCUGGCGCCGUAUCCCGAGCUCGAUGUGCAGGUCCGCGGGCAUUUAGCACUGGGGAAAGAGAUCCAGCCAUGGCGUUUAUGGAUGCACGACCCGUAUCCAUAUAUCACAAGGAACAUGGUCUGCUUGCUAGGUGACGCGGCUCACCCUAUGAUGCCUCACCAAAGCCAAGCCGCCUGUAUGGCACUUGAGGAUGCGGCCGCCUUGGGCAUUCUUUUUGGCAAGAACUAUUUCACUGGAGAUGUUUGCGACUCCGUCUCUACUUAUGAGUUGAUUCGUUUACCCAGAGCAACCAAGGUUCAAGCAGCAGCGGCACGAGCCUCGCAGAAUAUCAACGAGCGAAUUGGUUUCUCCAGCAACAUUGACAAUCCAGUCUACACAGUGAAGAGCGAGCAGGCGAAAUUGACCAUCGAGGAGAUGAAUGCGUGA